AUGGCGCAAGUUUCAAACUCCUCGACCAUUGGCAACACAUCGCACAACAUCCGCGAGGACAAGUCCAGCCCCGCCGAGAACCUUUCACACCCCCCUGCACGCAAGGUGGCCGGCCAACGUCAUCCUGUGAUUCAUCACCAUUACCAUCCCGAGCCAGUGGAUCAUGAUGCGCACGGCCCCGAGGCCAUGCACGACCCAUCCACGGGUAAUCCUUCACAGGACCUGAACCUGCGACAAGAGGCUAUUAAGAAACAGUCUGACAAGCUGGAAAAGCUCAACAAGGAGGCCCCUCGUGCCCAGCUGAACCGACUCCGCCACGAUCCCACGAAUGCCGAGCAUUCUGGCCAGCCCCACGCCCUCAAGUCGGAGAAGCUGCAGCGUGCUCAGAUUGGCGGCAAGGGCGCGCCCAUCAUGGAUCAUCACCGUAUGAACCACAUGCACAAGCAGCGCACUGGCAAGUAA